AUGCCGUGGCAGAAAACCUUCCGCCUCCCGCACUACACGAAGGGCAUGCACCUUGUGACGCGCGACGUCGUGCGCGAGUGCGAGGAAGGUCUGCGCGGCGUCGAAGUGGGCAUCUUUACCCUCAACUGCCUGCACACGAGUGCGGGUUUGACUGUCAACGAGAACGCAGACCCCUCGGUGCGAACUGAUAUGGACAUGGCUCUGGACCGGAUCGUACCAGAGUCUUUCCCCUGGGAACAUACCGAUGAGGGGCCCGACGACUCGGUGUCGCAUCUCAAGACAUCUCUUGUUGGUAACUCGAUUACACUGCCCAUUUCACGUGGCAAGCUCGUGCUCGGAACUUGGCAGGGGUUGGCCGUGAAUGCCCAGGCUCUCCACCACCGAGUGGGGCUGAGCACGGAGCACAGGUUCCGCUCUCCGCAGCAGCUCGUUAGCUGGAUCAUCGUCUCCCGGAGCUAA